AUGGAGGACGUUAGGGUUUUCAAUGCUGAGUUGAAAACUCUUCUGGCAAGCCGAUUGCCUGUUUCUAAAACUAAGAUGGAAUCUAUUACUCGUGCUGCAAUGCGCGCCAUGAAAUAUUACAAACAUGUUGUGAAGUUAGUCGAGCAAUUUAUUCUUAAAUGCUCGGCGGACUUUAAACUUCCAGGACUCUACAUUGUUGAUGCUAUUGUGCGUCAAUCAAAGCUUCACAAUAAUGAAAAGGACUUUUAUGGUCCUCGGUUUUUGCGAAACAUUGCAAGCAUUUUUUCAUCACUGUCGCAAUGCUCACCUGAUGACAAGCCGCUGAUAUCUCGUGUGUUGCAGCUAUGGAGGAAAGUCAAUGUCUUUCCUGAAGGUCUUAUUAAUGUAUUGCAAAAUUUGGUUGACAACCCGGAAAACCCUGAACUUCUUGCAUUGGCUCGUAAACUCACGGCAUCAUCGCUCGCCGAACUCGAAGCGCGUAGAGUCAAGCGAUUGAAUUUACCUCAAGACAGUGAGGAGUAUUUGCAGAAGGCUAUUCAGUGGGUUCAGCGGAAGAUUCAAGAGCAGCUUGAUCUCUUGGGUCAAGGUCAGAUGAUCAGCCAAGAAGUCGUCAGCCAGCUCGAAUUGAUGAUUUCUCAACUAGAGAACCACCCGUCAAUGGACAGAACCUUCUUUCUGCAAUUGAAGGCGAUUGUUGAAACUCUUGCAGAGAACAGAGCCAUCCAAGAACAGUUGAACGAGUGCCAUGUCAAUAAUGCAUGCUCCACGGGGGGUGAAUCUUUACAUCAGCGCACCCUUCGCAACAACAGUAAUCCCAUUCACGGCGACAGAGAUCUACUGCCUGUUUCUCGCCAGCAGAGCCAGUCAUCGUCAAUCCCCGCUAUCGCGAUGACAGGCAACCGCAAGACAAUGACGACUCAGCGUUCCACAGCCACUGGUCCCGGUGACUUUGUGCAUUCCGACGGGAGCUCCUUUGACGAUCGUCUGGGCGGCGUCGCCUCCAAUUCCAUUGCGUCGAACAACAACCAUCGUCCUGCACCCACAACGACUGGCGACGGCAGCAACCUGCGCAGGCGCCACACUCACCGUCACCAGCAUCACCUUUCGCCAACCUCCUUGCUUUACGACACCAACGCCUCUCCCGUUCGAAAACGCACCAAGCACGAUCGCGUAUCAUCUAUAUCAUCCUCUAACUCACCGUCAUCCUCCCCGGGCAAGUCGCCGGAGUCUUCGGCUCCAGUGGCUCCCGUGCAGCGAGCCCCAAGUCCAGCGUCGAACCACGCAACCGCCGCCCUCUACGUCAUUGGCGGUGCAGACGAGGAUGAGACGGCGAGUCAGGUUGAGCGCCGACGCCGUCGCGAGGCCCUGCCCCCGCUGCGCCCCAAUUGCGUCUCCCUCGUCUCGCGCACAAUUUUCGUCGGCCAUCUGCACAAGCAGCUCGCCGAGACGCGACUGCAGGCGGUGUGCGAGGCUGCGGCCCGCGCCCACAUCCUCGAGUGCAAUCUCAUUCCCCCGCGUGGGUGCGCUUUCGUGACCUUUGAGAGUCGCGCGGCCGCUGCCCGUGCGCGUCGAAGUCUCGAUCGGUCGAUGUUGGACCAGCGUGAGAUUAAGACCGCCUGGGCUGCUAACCUCGGCGUGAGUCGGAACCAGCAACUUUGUCAGGAUGCCUGGGACGAGCGCGAGGGUUGCACGUACCUACUUCUGACGGAGGUUGAAAACAUGACCCCCGCAGCCUUCCAAUCGUUGCUCGAGGGUCAUGCUCUCAUCGACGCGGACUCGAUGCCUGCGGAGUUACGGCAGAAAUUGCUUUCACAACCCACACCACCGAAGGAACCCUCUGUCCCCGCCCCCUCCACUUCCACUAAAACUCUUCUUGUCCCUCCUCUUAUGUCAAUUUCAACGUCUGCAGCACCCCCUCCGCCGCCGCCACCACCACCGCCUCCACCUCCCCCUCCUCCGCCUCCUCCUCCGCCCCCACCACCUCCUUCCUCACCCCCCGCGGUUAUCGUUUGCCCGCCUCUUCCCACUGCCACCACUCUUGGUGUGGGUUUGCUUCCAGUUCCGGUUGCCACGGCGUCCUCAGUUUCGGCGCCCUCUUCCUCCUCUGCUCCAGCCCCCCCGCCAAGGCCACCACUUCUUUCUUUUCUCUCUGCAAUGCCUUCAUCACCAGCAGUUCCACAGAGUGCUCUCGCCAGUACAGCAUAUCCGCACACACCGGUUGCACCGCACUCAGCGUCCUACCCACUUCUGCCUCCUCCGACGGAGCCAAACCCGUCUGGGACACCUGUUCGUCAGUUAUUCGGACCACAGCCUCCUGUUCUCUACACCAGGUCAUCGACCGACUCUAGCCCCGGAUUUUUCCUUCAUCAGGAGCAGCAACAACAGCAGCCACCACCACCGGCGCCGCCAUCACAGCAACCAGGUGCUUGGAUUGCUGGCUCUACCAAUCCUCCACCACCUCCUCCAGGCGUCCACUUACCAACGCCCCCACCCAUGCGUGGAGUUCAAUCCCCGUCAAUGAACCGCUGGCCCCUGUCCCGCCCGCCCAUUCUGGCAGGCGUUCGACCGCCAUGGACAACAGGUGGUGGCAGCGGUGGCGGUCAAAUGCUGAAUGGCUCUACGCCCCAGGCACCACUGCACGUGGUCCACCGACAUCCCCCUCCCCCCUACGCCAUGACUCCCACUCCCCCUCCCACCAGGAACUACGCUCCGCCACGGUUUCCGCCCUACCGUCCGCCGCCAUUUGCCCUCCCACCACUCGCCCGACCGCCUCGAUAG